GCAGAGGGUUAAGGUUUUACUGCAGUAACAUGUCUGAAUACUUCCUUUAAUUUCAGAAGGAAACCUUUUACUUGUUAUUGUCAUACAUUUAUCUGACAGCGUGUUACUCUGCAGAUUCACAGUUUACACACAAAGUAUUAAUCAGCAGUGAAACAUAAUGUAAUGUGUAAUGUUACAGAUAAAGGACUUCAAUUCUACUCUCUCACUGCUACUUCUAUGAAGUACAUUUUGUAACAAUGCAGGAUGUUGAACAGAGUAUUUUUAAGUUUGUUCGGGUUAGGGAACUCGACGUGUGGGCAGUUUCUCGUGUUUCCUUGACGGGACAAAAGAGGAACAAAAACUAACUGACAACAACAACCACAGUUACACAGAGAGAAGAAAUAAAGCUCUUAUUGUGAAAAUCUGCUUCCUUACAGGUGGAGCUGUGAUGCAUCAGGAAACAGCUGAGUUUUUCUUCAUCAACACUUUGGAUGUUUGAAGAAACUGACCAAUCAGAGACCAGAUCCUGCUGAACCUGAACCUGAACCCAGUUGUGUGUCCAUGAAGAGGGUCCGGUUCAUGAAGCCACCAUGACGACAAGAACAAGGCGACCUGUAAGGGAGAUUAUAAUGGAGAAAAGUGAGAGGGAGCGAAUUGAAACGGAGAUGAGGAGACUGAAAAUGGAGAUGAAAAGACUGGAAAUCGAGAGGAGAAAAUUGGGGACGGUGUCUGUACUGGACUCUGAUGAUUCUGAACCUGAACCUGAACCCAGCUGUGUGUCCUUUAAGAGUGGCCGGUCAAUUGACCCACCGCUAUUUUUCAGAGAACAUCCAAAGUUUGAGGACUUCAUGGGGCUGGACUCUGAUGAUUCUGAACCUGAACCCAGCUGUGUGUCCUUGAAGAGUGGCCGGUCAAUUGACCCACCGCUAUUUUUCAGAGGACAUCCAAAGGAAGAAGUGAACCAGGAGAGCUCAGAGGUUCCCAGUGGUCAGUCUGCCCAGCAGCAUCAAACAGAUCUGGACUCCGUAUUUAUGCUGCUGAAGGAGGACAUUGACACUUUUGUGGAGAAUGAGCUGAAGAAGUUCCAGAAGGUUCUGAGUCCAGAUUACCCAGAAUGCUUAGAGAGUCAGAGGGAGGGUGAGGAUGAAGAGCAGAGGAGGAGCAGAAAAGCAUUUCUGAAGAUCACACUGGACUUCCUGAAGAGAAGAAAGCAGGAUGAGCUGGCUGACCGUCUGCAGAGCAUUUGUCGACGUAAACUCAAAUCUCACCUAAACAAGAAGUUCCAGUGUGUGUUUGAGGGGGUUGCUAAAGCAGGAAACCCAACCCUUCUGAAUCAGAUGUUCACAGAGAUCUACCUCACAGAGGGAGGGACUGCAGAGGUCAAUGUUGAACAUGAGGUCAGACAGAUUGAAACAGCAUCCAGGAAACCAGACAGACCAGAAACAACAAUCAGACAAGAAGACAUCUUUAAAACCCCACCUGGAAGAGAUGAACCAAUCAGAACAGUGAUGACAAUGGGAGUGGCUGGCAUCGGGAAAACAGUCUUAACACAGAAGUUCACUCUGGACUGGGCUGAAGACAAAGCCAACCAGGACAUCCAGUUCACAUUUCCAUUCACCUUCAGAGAGCUGAAUGUGCUGAAAGAGAGAAAGUACAGCUUGGUGGAACUUGUUGAUUACUUCUUUAGUGAAACCAAAGAAGCAGGAAUCUGCAGGUUUGAAGAGGUUGUGUUCAUCUUUGACGGUCUGGAUGAGUGUCGACUUCCUCUGGACUUCCACAACACUGAGAUCCUGACUGAUGUUACAGAGUCCACCUCAGUGGGUGUGCUGCUGACAAACCUCAUCAGGGGCAAACUGCUUCCCUCUGCUCGCCUCUGGAUAACCACACGACCUGCAGCAGCCAAUCAGAUCCCUCCUGGGUGUGUUGACAUGGUGACAGAGAUCAGAGGGUUCACCCACCCACAGAAGGAGGAGUACUUCAGGAAGAGAUUCAGAGAUGAGGAGCAGGCCAACAGAAUCAUCUCCCACAUCAAGACAUCACGAAGCCUCCACAUCAUGUGCCACAUCCCAAUCUUCUGCUGGAUCACUGCUACAGUUCUGGAGGACAUGUUGAAGACCAGAGAGGGAGGAGAGCUGCCCAAGACCCUGACUGAGAUGUACAUCCACUUCCUGGUGGUUCAGUCCAAAGUGAAGAACAUCAAGUAUGACCGAGGAGCUGAGACAGAUCCACACUGGAGUCCAGAGACCACAAAGAUGAUGGAGUCUCUGGGAAAGCUGGCUUUUGAGCAGCUGCAGAAAGGAAACUUGAUCUUCUAUGAAUCAGACCUGACAGAGUGUGGCAUCAAUAUCAGAGCAGCCUCAGUGUACUCAGGAGUGUUCACACAGAUCGUUAAA